AUGGCUUCUUCCCCAAACUGUUUUGUCAUUGUUACUUUUGCAGUUCUAUUACAAUUUUUAUUUGUCUUUGCUUCAACAAAAUCCAUCGAUGCCAUAUGCCAAAAUGUCACCGACAAAGCCUUUUGCUUCAAAACUUUGAGCGCAUAUCCUCCGGCUGUUUCUGCCUCCACCACGUUGCAAGCAGCUCAGGCCGCGCUCAGCCUCAGCAUAUCAUAUGCCAGAAAAUCUGCAGGGUUCGCCGCAAAAGUGGCAAAGGAGAAUCCAAACUUGAAGAAGCAGUUUUCGGUGUGUCAAGAUGCCUUUGAGGGCAUUAUAACGUCUCUCAGGAGCGCUUCCGGGGAACUCAAGGAGUCAUCAGACAUUGCAACCUAUGAUGCCAUGGUCUGCAGGGAUAGCACGACGAUGUUGAAGAAUCUGGUCGGGAAAAAUGGAGACAUGGCUUCGAAGACUAUCGUGCAUAUGACAUUGAUGAUGGAGAGGAUUCUUGCUAUUGUCGUCGGAGCCACCAUAGCUGUUCUUGGGUAA